UCAAUCUGAUAAACUGUUAUCUGUGGAGUCGGCUGUUUGCAAGAGGACAUCAUCUGGCCUGAUAGGGCAGACUACCUGGAAUCCCUUAGCAUCCCACCUGCAUUCUCAGAAGAGUGAACCUCUAAAUUGUGUUUCAGACACUAUUAAGUUUAUAAGGCGCAGUAUGGAUGUGUUGGAGUGCCAGGUGUGCUUCGAGAAAUAUAAUUCAGUCAACAGGAAGCCACAUUCCGUCACAUGUGGCCACAGCUUUUGCUCGGUAUGCCUAACAGACAUGAUGAAGAACGGUUUAAGCUCGUGUCCACAUUGUCGAAAAGCUCUCAACACCAGCACCCUUGACACCAUUCCUGUUAACUACAGCAUAUUGUCACUCGUAGAGGCUGUUGAAAGGACAUCCAUAGACCUGUCAUCUCUUGGUGUAUCAGAGGCACCAGUGAGACCCCCCAAGGAAGCAGCUGGUGUGUGUGAUGACCAUGGCAACUAUCUGGUGUUCUUCUGCACAACGUGUGACAAGUGGAUCUGUCGUGAUUGUACUGUUAUUGAGCACGAAAAGACGGCUCAUAAGGUCAUCUCCAUUAAGGCUAUGCUACAUGAGAAGAAGAAAGAAAACACAACAAACCUUGAAUCAAUGGAAAACCAAAGUAAACAACAAAUCGGUGAUCUUGUGGACUAUUUAAAAGAACUGCAAACUGAAAGGAGCAUGUUGGAAAAAAUGAAGGAACAAAUCAAGAAGGCCAUAGAGUUGAGCCUGGAAGAACAGGAUCGUGUAAAGCAAACUUUGACAGAAGGUGAACAACUUCAGUGUCAACUGUCAGCAGCCAAAGUGUACCUAAGUGAUGCUACAACAUUAGAUGAAGUCAACAAUGCCGUCACUGGGACCGGCAGCUUCAAACAAUGUUAUGAACAAUGGACUUGUGACAGCACCAGUAGACUCAUGUCACACAACAACAGAAAUAACUUUCUCAAGUGGGUGAUGAUGAUGGUGUCUGGUAGUGACGUGAAGGAAGGGGUGCAUGGGGGCCGUGCCAUAUAUCUGGUGCAGGAAGUAGAGGGCAACACACUCGCUGCACCCCUGACUCUGCACCAUGGCCGCCUCCACCUCCAUGCCCUCAUUUCCAAACAACCACCAGAGGAUGCAGUCAUUCUCCCUUACAGUCGGGUGAGAAACUUGGUGGACGCGUCAUCAGCACUCACCUUCCUGCAACUGGCCUGGGGCUCAAACACGGGCAACCAUGUCUACAUCCGCAUGAGUGGCAACACCAAACGAGGCCAGAACUUCCUACUGUUGUGUACUGGGGAGCGUGGCCCCUCAUACUCAGGCUCUCACCUCACUCUGGCUCACUGGCUCGGCCGUUGCGGGGAGUAUGUCGAAGGUGGCGACUAUGAGAAUGACAAUGGAACCGGGGGAGCACCACUGCUAGAUGAUCUGGAGUAUGAUGGUGAACUAAAGCAACCCAUCACAUGUGGUGUGGUCAGUGCCAGGAGCAGGUCCAUAAAAUCUGCCUCCAUGUUUAAAAUUUACACCAAAGACUCUCCAGGUUACUUUGAUAAAGGUGUCUUUGGCAGCGUGGAGAUCGGGAUGAAUGUUAUGAGGGAGGUCGUCAUGCAGAAGAAGAUCACAACUGUCGAAGUGUGGGACUGUGGUGUUGUGAUCCCGUUUGAGAGCUGAGUCAUGGUGAAUGCUAUCUACCUCUUACAUAUUACCCAGCCCACUGAUAUGCAUCACUGUGUAACAGGUUUAACACUACAUAGAAAUGACUAGCAUCAACACUUCAAUAAUUAUCCACAGCUGCAGUAGUAUUUUUUAAACUUUACUUUCAGAAUUAGGUAAUAACCAUUCAAUGAAGGCUCAUUUUGUUUACUUCAGUGUAUAUCUGGCUUUCUUGGUUUUGACUCAUUAUUUUGUCUUAUUACAUUCCCACUUAAUGUCUUCCCUUAGCUCAUCAACCAGCCAUUACAUCAUUGACUCAAAAUGCAAAUAUCUUUUGCUCGUAAUUGCACAAUAAGUGAACUGUAUAUGUAAAUUGUGGUGGUAACUUAGGUGGUUUCAGAAAACAUCAGAUUACAGUAUUUCCAAAUAUUGUUUCAGGAAAUGAGAAGUCCCAAAGGGUGCCGGAUGCAAGAGGUUAAGCAUCCGCAAAUUUGCAUAAUAAGAUUAUAAGAUUUUUUCCAGCUAACCUAACACAAUUAAGAUUGUAAAUUAUUUUUUCAACUUGCCUAACUUUAAGAUUAUGUUAAUUGAAGAAACCAACUUUCAAUCUUAAAUUUGAUGGGAUGCAGUAUAACAAAAUAGUAAUCACCUAUUUGGCAUAUAGUACUGUACUGUACUUUUUUUUAGAAGGGGUAAAUCAGAUGCCUGAAACAUGUCCUUAGGUGUAUUGUAAUGGACAGAAGAUAAAAGUGAUGCUUAUCGGUAGGACUUCUGGUAGCGCGCACGGGCUCCUGGACCUCCGAACUUCUUUGGCUCACAGCGUCUAGGAUCGGCAACCAAGAGGGAACGGUCGUAGCUGAUCAAGAUGUUUUUGAUCUCUUUCUUGGAAGCUUCAUCCACAACUGUAUAAAGAAUUUGAUGUGUAUUAAAGUGCAUGAACAAU